AUGGCAGCAUUGGAUGUUGACAUGAUGAAGAUCGAUCACCAUGUACGCAAUUUGAAGUUAGCAGGACAUGUUGGCUUCGACAGUCUUCCAGAUCAGUUGGUGAACAAGAGUGUCCAAAAUGGGUUCGUCUUCAACAUAAUGUGCAUUGGCGAAACCGGAUUAGGCAAAUCCACCCUAAUGGACACCCUCUUCAAUACAAGCUUUGAGUCAAGUCCAAGUCCGCACACCCUCCCCAACGUGAAACUAAAGGCCCACACCUACGAACUACAAGAAAGCAACGUUCGCCUAAAACUCACCAUCUGCGACACUGUUGGCUACGGCGAUCAAAUCAACAAGGACGACUCCUUCAAAGCUGUUGUCGACUACAUUGACGCACAAUUUGAGGCUUAUCUGCAGGAAGAAUUGAAAAUCAAGCGAUCGUUGGGAACCUGCCACGACAGUCGCAUUCAUAUUUGCCUCUAUUUUAUCUGCCCGACCGGACAUGGCUUGAAAUCCCUGGAUUUGGUGUGCAUGAAGAAAUUAGACACGAAAGUUAAUAUUGUACCGAUUAUCGCAAAAGCCGAUACUGUCUCGAAAACGGAACUGCAACGGUUCAAAGCGAAAAUCAACCAAGAAUUACAAGCGAAUGGUGUUCAAAUCUACCAAUUUCCGACCGAUGAUGAAACUGUUUCAGAAAUUAAUGCAACAAUGAAUGGACAUGUACCGUUUGCUGUUGUUGGAAGUACCGAAUUUGUGCGAUUGGGAAAUAAAAUGGUGCGCGCUAGACAGUACCCAUGGGGAACGGUACAAGUUGAAAAUGAAUCUCAUUGCGAUUUCGUAAAAUUACGUGAAAUGUUGAUUCGAACAAAUAUGGAGGACAUGCGUGAAAAGACCCAUACAAAGCAUUAUGAGUUGUACCGGCAAAAGCGUUUGGAGCAAAUGGGCUUCACCGACGUCGAUAGCGACAAUAAACCGGUAUCAUUCCAACAAACUUUUGAGGCCAAACGAUCAAAUCAUUUAGCUGAGUUACAAGCCAAGGAAGAGGAAGUGCGACAAAUGUUCGUUCAACGUGUCAAAGAAAAAGAAUCGGAACUGAAAGAAAGUGAAAAGGAUCUUCAUGCAAAAUUCGACAAAUUGAAGAAGGACCACGCUGAAGAGAAGAGAAAACUUGAGGAAUCUCGUAAGAAACUUGAGGAGGAGUUUGUAGAGUUUACACGACGUAAAACUCAAAUGACUGCAUCACACCACACAUUAACAUUGGGCAAAAGCAAGAAGAAGUGAAUGAGAUUUGUUUUGUUCGUAAAACUUCUAAUUAUCUGGUGGUAGUAAAGUAACCUAGAUGCAUAACAAAUACCACCAAUUUCUACAUAAUCUGGACUCCAUUACCAAACUUAUGUAUUUUGUUUAAGAUUAGAUGCAGUUUUACGAAAACAUGCAUACAAUAUUGUUUUUUCAGGCAUGUGCUUUUAUAUGAAUAGAGAAGAAAUGUAUUUACGAAACAAAAAAGUCUACGUUCGCAUAUAUUAUAAAACAAUUUAUAUUUUAUUGAAUUGCAUGAAACUUUACAGUAAUAUAUUACUGCGCACAACUUUAUCGUAGGGAGAGCAACAGAUACAACGAGAUGCUCUUCAAACCCUGAUUUACUUCGGUCCAACAUCUACUUGAGAAUUGCGAGGGAAACUCGACAGAUUGUUCAUUUAUUCAUAGAUGAGUUAAUUAUUAAAAUAUAUAUCGUGCGAAUGGAAUAAAGUUUAAACUUUAAA